CUUUCACUCUUUAAACCUGAAGAAUUAUACCAUAAUACUCAAAUAUCAUUUUCUUUUACAAUGGUAUCAGCAACGUUUGCUAUCCUAUUGUCGAUACUGAUCGUACCAUGUGUUCCCAUAGCGAUCUACUUGAUUGGUCUACUACUCCCUGCUUCACAUAUUGUUUCAAGAACAGCGACAUUCAAAACUUCUCGUAAACACAUUUGGCGACUUUUGACUGACGUUCAAGAAUACCCACAGUGGCAACCCAAACUCAGAGGCCUGGUCUUAGCGCAAACCGUCGAUCCAGAUCAAGAUUCGGGAUUGUCAAGCAAUGUCGUCUCAGAUAGUGACCACACUGAAGGAGAACUAACGACCAGUUCAGAGAUGCAAAAAUCAAAUACUGUGGAUAAUACAGAAUCAGAUAAACGUGCUGCUAUGCGAGCUCGUCGACUCAGUGGUCGGGAUCAAGGAGGCAGUGAAACACUUUUUGUGGAGUAUACAAAAUACGGAAAACGCACGGUCGUCCUCGUAGAGCAAAUUCCUGGGUCCAAGAUUCUAAGAAUUAUGGAAGAAAGAAACAACGUAGUGCCCCUUCAAGGUGCUCCUGCCACCGUACCCGCCACACCUGCCAGCAAGAAGCCAACCUUUUCAGGGUCUUGGACUUUUGAUAUCUCUUCCAAUUUUGACGACAAGGAAUUCUCGACCCUGAAAUCCUCACGACACAGUAUGUUCAAGCAACCGUCUUUUGCAGACGAUGAAUCUGAGAUCAUUACUUUGAAAGUCACUCAACAAGGUGUCAUCAAGAAACCCAUGGUGCGAGUAUCCUAUAUGUUACUGUUUGGAUUUUACCGGAGCAUCGAUCGAUUCUUGAAAGACCUUGGCAAGAAGAUUGAGGAGGAUAAGGCCAUCGCGCUUCAAGAAAAACAACAAGCUGCACAGAACGAAGACACUGUAGCUUCCAUGUCCCUCGACCACAGUGUCACAGAAGCGGAAUCGGAAGCGGAUGCUGAGACGCCUAAGCCGACGGACGAGCUUCAGAAGUCAGUCAUCGAAAGCGCCAUAUUGAACCACAAAGCUAGCUCAGUUCUAGACAAGGAUUGGGACUUGGUUAGUGAAAUAUAUGAACGAAAGAAGGACCAGUAGUAUUCCCCCAUGCAAAUUAUGCCACCAUGAUAACCCCCCCCCCCAAUAAUAUAAUGUAGUUCCAAGCAAUGUUUGUAAUUGUAUAUAAUCAGUUUUAAACCUAGGCAUCUCUGAAGAAAUCUUUAACUAUGAUUGAAUUGUAUUUUCAUUGAUUUUUUCCAUGAUUAAACGACCAGUCCAGCAUGGGCUUUGGUUGAACUCUGGUGUGGCGAACAGAUCACCCAUCGCUGUGGCGGAUGAGGAGUUUUAAAAACGCGGACUCAAAUUGAGGUUUUUUUUUGGGAGAAUCGAG